AUGUCUAACGGUCCCAGUAAUUUUCUGAAUGGUGAUUUCGGUUCCGAAGAGGAGGAUGAUGACUUUAACCCCGCCCCCGUCCAGGAUUCGGACGAUGAGCGACCGAAGAAGCGUGAGACAAUGUCCUUCGAUGAUGCGGCGAGGGAUGAUAGGUUUGCCGUAGGCGAUGAGGAAGAUCAGGAAGAAGAUGAACCUUCACGGAGAAAAGAGAAGACCGGCGAGAGUGAUAAUGUAGAGGAAGACGAUUAUGGGGAUGCAGAUGAGCAUAGUGUCGGCGAGGACGGAGAUGGUUCGGAAGAAGAGGAGGAUGAAGAAGAUGACGAGGAUGAGGAUGAGCAGGCUGUUUCGGGGCGGCCACGGAAACGAAGACGGCGAGGAAUCAAUGCUUUUGUUGAGGUUGAGGCUGAGGUCGAUGAAGAGGAUGAUGCUGAAGAAGAUGAGGAGGAAAUGGGUGAUGGAUUUGUCGCAGAGCACCCUGACGAUCUCGACGCUUUGCCCGUGGGCGCAGAGACUGAUGAUCGGCGACAUCGCGAGCUUGAUAGAAAGCGGGAUUUGGAGGCCACAAUGGAUGCUGAGAAACAGGCACAAGCCCUUAAAGAGCGGUAUGGCCGGAACCGAGCGACGGCGGCAGACCUGGUUGUUGUGCCGAAGCGAUUACUCCUGCCCAGCGUUGACGAUCCGAGUAUAUGGGCUGUAAAAUGCCGCCCCGGCAAGGAGCGGGAGGUUGUUUUUAAUAUUAUGAAGCGAAUCGAGGACCGUCCACCGGGCUCCAGGAGGCCAAUUCGAAUCAUGUCUGCGUUUGAACGGGGCGGAACGAUGAGUGGGUAUAUCUAUGUGGAAGCUCGCAAGCAGGCGGAUGUCGUCGAUGCCUUGAACGAUAUGUCGAAUGUAUAUACUAAGUCGAAGAUGAUAUUGAUCUCCGUGAAGGAAAUGCCCGAUCUUCUCCGAGUUACCAAAUCGGAAGAGUUAAUUCCUGGUGGCUGGGUACGAAUCAAACGGGGCAAGUAUCAAGGCGACUUGGCACAGCUCGAGGACGUGGAGACGAACGGUCUGGAUGUCACUGUCAGGCUUGUCCCUCGUCUGGACUAUGGCUUGAACGAGGACAUGGGCGCUCCAAAUGGUGAUGUGAAACGGAAGAGACCAGGUGUCGGCAGCACCAUUGCUCGUCCUCCCCAACGGCCCUUUAGCGAAGCAGAGGCCAAGAAGAAGCAUGCUAAGUAUCUGAGUGCCACCUCUGGGCUUGGAGGGAAAACUUGGAAUUAUUUGGGGGAUAAUUACGUUGACGGGUUCCUUAUCAAAGACAUGAAAGUGCAGCAUCUGAUUACAAAAAAUGUCAACCCACAGCUCGAUGAGGUCACAAAGUUCGCCCGAGGCGCCGAUGAUGGCACUGCGAAUCUUGAUCUUGCUGCUUUGGCUGCGAGUCUUAAAAAUACGACCACUGAAGACUCAUAUCUUCCUGGGGAUACUGUUGAAGUUUUCCAAGGAGAGCAGCAGGGUGUCGUUGGCAAGACGGUAUCCACCCGCGGGGAUAUUGUUUCCGUUAAGGUCACGCAAGGCGAACUCAAAGGACAGCAGAUAGACGUGCCGAUCAAGGGCCUUAGGAAGCGCUUCCAAGAAGGUGAUCAUGUUAAGGUCAUUGGCGGCAGUCGAUUCCGUGACGAGCUGGGCAUGGUGGUUCGCAUUAAGGAUGACAGGGUUACGCUGCUCAGUGACAUGAGUAUGCAGGAAAUUACAGUGUUCAGCAAGGAUAUUCGAGAGGCUGCGGAUGCUGGUGUUGACGGGAAACUUGGCAUGUAUGAUGUUCACGAUCUCGUGCAGCUUGAUCAAGCUACUGUUGGGUGUAUCAUCAAGUUAGAUCGAGAAUCCAUGCGAGUUCUUGAUCAGAAUGGAUCUGUUAGAAACGUACUGCCGUCACAAGUCAUGAAUAAGAUCCCCCAGCGUCGCAAUGCUGUCUCAACCGAUCGUAAUGGCUCAGAGAUAAGGUGCGGCGAUACAGUCCGUGAAGUUACCGGAGAACAACGAACAGGCGCCAUUCUUCACAUCCACCGCUCAUUCCUUUUCCUGAAAAACAAAGAUGCCAGCGACAACGCGGGCAUUAUCGUUACGAGAGCUUCGAAUGUGACCACGGUAGCGACCAGUGGCGGGAGACUGGCCAGCCGAUCGGCUCCCGAUUUUUCGACAAUGAACCCAGCAAUCCAGAAAAAUGGAAUGAAUGGCAGCGGAAUGCCACCUCCCAAGUCAUUUGGUAGGGAUCGAACUAUUGGCAAAACUGUAACGAUUCGAAAAGGCCCAUUCAAGGGUCUGUUGGGUAUCGUCAAAGAUACAACCGAUGCUCAGGCACGGGUUGAGUUGCAUUCGAAAAACAAGGUGAUUACUGUGGACAAGGAUAUGCUCUCCAUAAAAGAUCCUAUCACUGGUGCUUCGAUCGAUCUCUCCCGGUACGGUGGGAGAGGUGGUGGUGGCGUUGGCCGGGGCCGAAUCCCUCACAAUAGCUCUGCAGCUCCCCCCGACUGGUCAGGUAGUCGAACACCUCUAGCUGCAAAUGACUCCUCGCGCACUCCAGCCUGGCGUUCUUCUUCCUCACGCACACCAGCUUGGGGUUCUGCAACAGCAAGCGGUUCCCGCACUCCAGCAUGGAAAGCAGAUGGUUCCCGUACUUCAAACCCAUACGACGCCAGCAGAACUGCCUAUGGUGGGGGCCGCACGCCCGCCUGGACUUCUGGAACAAAGACUCCGUACGACUCCAGCUCCGGCUUUGGCAGCUCCUCAACUUCGGGCUUCGAUGCAUUUGCUGCUGGCUCCCGAACACCAGCACAUCCUGGCGCUGGCUCGCGUACACCUGCCUGGGCACCGGGCUCCGCAGCUCCUCCUCCCAUCGGGCAUAGUAAUGGAAGCAAGGGCGGGUACGAUGCCCCUACUCCUGGUGCGGAUUAUUCCGCACCAACGCCUGGUCCUUAUGGAAGCGCACCGACACCCGGCGCCACGGCUGCAACACCACGAGGUUGGGCAGACAAUGCACCCACGCCUGGCGCCAUUCAUGCGCCGACGCCGGAUGCUUCUGGGUACUCUGGCAAGCGCCCUGGUGAGCUGUACGAUGCUCCAACCCCAGCUGCAAUGUCUUCUAUGGGCGGUGGGAGGCCGUACGAUGCUCCCACUCCGGCGAUGGGAAUGGGUAUUCCAGCUACGCCCGGUGCGGGUGAUGAUGGCGGACCUAGAUAUGAAGAAGGCACGCCGAGCCCUUGA